GAUGGUGCCCCCAACCUCCUGCAACAAGUAAAGGCAGGCCAGAGAGGCUCCUGGGAGGAGGAGGAGGGGGGGAGAUGAAGACAGAGAGAGAGAGAGAGAGAGAGAGAGAGGUGGAGAUAAUACUGUGGGACUGUGAGAGGACGGGAGAGCAGAGAGAGAGAAACCAUUUCUCUCCUCUCUCUGCUUUUCAAUCAACCAGUCUCCUCUCUUCAGUAUCCGUCAACCCAUCUGCUCUCUGAGGACUUUUCUAAUUCUGCUUUACUGUGAUUCUGCCUCUUGUGGAGUCCAGGACAAACUUAAGAAAAAGAAAGAGAGGAAGAGUGUGAUUGUCUUUUGCUCAUCAGGGGCCCGUGAAGGAGGACAAGGCCAUGGCCUCCUGGUUCAGCUGGAAUGAGCCUUAUUACCGGAGCCCCCAGAGGGACCCGGCCGACGUGGUCACCGACACCCUGAUGGUGGAGUUCAGCUGGCAGCUGAAGGAGGCGGAGAGGCAGCAGAGGGAGAGGGAGAACGAGUACCAGCGCCUCAAGACUGGAGUGGACUACAGCUGGCUGGCCAGCACGCCCCGCUCCUCCUACAGCAUCAGCACCGGGGAGAGGCUCGGCCUGGAGGACCUCUGCUCCAAGGUGCCGCCAUCCUGCUGCGGGCUGGUCAUACUCAAGUUCAGGGAGGUCAUGCAGGCCAAUGAGCCUGAGGUGCAUGAGGUGUCCAGCCUGUUCCGCUCCGUCCUCCUUGAGGCUCUGGACCACCUGAAGGAGGAGCAGGAGGCACAGCGGCUUGCCCGCCAGUGGAACAACAAACGUGCCAUGAGCAUGUCGCUCAUGAACUUCAGGUCCCGGAUCAAGAUCAACCCCUUCGGGAGCACGGUGGGCCUGACCUCCGCCGCUGCCGAAGGGGCUGGGCUGAGCGACCUCAAAACGGUGUCGGAGGACGUGGAGAGGGGGAUGGAGAGGGAGGACAGGGCACAGAGGGUGUGGAGCAUGCCUGACUUCAGAUACAAAGGAGCCGACAGCAGUAAGGUCGUUUGAUGCAGGACGUUUUGAGGUGGGACAGAUGCUCGUCUCUGGGACUCUGCUGCUGUACAUCCACUUUGCACCAGGCGAGGGAGGAUGAAUCCCAUCAUCCUCCUUCCUCCUCAGUAUGAGACCACUCAGCAUUUCGAUCUGUUUACUUACCUUUCCAUCUGAAAGGGCGAUGCCAGGUGUUUUUCUCAGAUCUUCUGUACCUUGACAACACUGAUUUUCAGCACUUGAAACAGUUUUGCAUGAGAUUAUCACCUCUCACAGUGAUGCCUUUUAUAUUUUGUAGAGAUUUGGCAUCUAAGCACUGAGGGCUAUUUGCUGUAGCCUUGUAGCGAUAUUUAUGUAAUACACAGGCUUUCUUGUUGCAGGAGAAAAUGGUUGUGUUACAUCAGGCAGCACAAGUAGCCUGAGAGGUGAAUAAUCUUUUAUGACAGGAUGUUUUGCAUGAGAUUUCUGUAUAGAUGUUAAUCAUUAAGUCUUAAAUCCAAGGUAAUAUUCAACUUUCACAUUAACAUCAUACAGGGAGUGAGUCAUGCUCACUCCCUAGACUGCACUUUGCUUUCUCGCAACAGC